AUGCGCGGGAAACGUGGCAAGAAUGUGACAAACACGGACCGCAAUGCCACCCUCCAUCGGCUGCUAGCACUUGUCACGCCCCGUGAACUUCGAGGACAAACGGCGCCCGAGUUCCGACGUCUCCUCGAUGACGACGAUGACCCCGACGAUGUAGAAAUUGACCUCGACGAGCUCUUUGGGGCUGUGCACUUGUAG